UGGGCAGCCUUCUCUAUGCAGAUACUGUUCACAGCUCCAUGACAAUGAAGAUCCUGCUCUUGUUUGCAGUUUGCCUUGCAACAGCCUCAGCUCGAGUGUUUACUCGCUGUGAGCUGGUCAGAACCCUAAAAAACGCUGGGAUGGAUGGAUACCAUGGAUACAGUCUUGGAAACUGGGUGUGUCUGGCAUACUAUGAAAGCCGCUACAACACAGCCGCUGAGAAUCGCAACACUGACGGCAGUACCGAUUAUGGCAUUUUCCAGAUCAACAGUCGUUGGUGGUGUUCCAGUGGUGUAACUUCUUCCGCAAAUGGUUGCCACAUCGCAUGCAGCAAACUUCUGACAAGCGACAUUUCUGAUGACAUUGAAUGUGCUAAGAGGGUUGUACGAGAUCCGAACGGAAUUAGUGCUUGGGUUGCCUGGAGAAACCAUUGCAAAGGCAAAGACAUGUAUUCGUGGGUCGUUGGUUGUGGUGUCUAAACCAGAAUUUAGGCAAAAAAUCCUCAUCACUUUCAGAUAACCAGACUAAUCAAAAAUCUUUCGAUGCGCUGAAGAAGAAGGCAGAAGACAAAUAAUCUUCCAGACACUGUUCUUGACUGUUGUUGGCUUUAUAGAAAUAUGUUGUUACCGCCACAACCAUCUCAGAAAUCCAACAUCUACUUAGCCACUCAAAACAGACUCUGAAAAAAACAGCUUUCAAAUAACUGGUUCUCUCAACAGGGGUUGUUUAUGCCUUAUUUCUUAUUUUUCCUUCUAAUGCAUUCUGAAUCGAUUUUGGCAAAUAAAAUCGAAUUAAGCAAA